AUGGGUCGAACACUGGCUUAUCCCAAGCGGAUUUCCAAUACCGCCAACCGCUACAAGCAUCGGGCGACCUAUGACUUGGGACCGAUUCACUCAAUUAUCAAUGAUUCCCAAGUGCUUCAUGUAUCAUUCAAUCCAGGACCCGAAGAUCCCUUUCCUGCCAUCCUUCCCAUGAUCGGGCAAAUGGGAUCGUAUGAGUAUCCUUCGGCAGACAUGAAUGAGCCUUUGGACUGCUAUCUUCAUGGAUACGUGAGCUCGCGCAUCAUGAACUUGGCUCGCAGCUCCGAUGGCCAAGGCUUGCCCAUCUGUGUGGCGGCCACCAAAGUCGACGGUCUGGUCUUGUCGCUCACUCCGAACUCACACAGUUACAACUAUCGCUCCGCCAUUCUCCAUGGAUACGCCCAUCUGGUGACCGACGAGGAGGAGAAAUUGUGGGCCAUGAAGCUCAUCACCAACUCUGUGCUUGCUAAUCGCUGGGACAACACGCGUGUGCCUCCAGAUCGUGCAGAAAUGCAGUCGACCGUGAUCUUGAAGGUCAAGGUCGUGGAUGGCAGCGGCAAGAUACGUGAUGGAGGCGUCUCAGACGAGCGAAAGGACUCGAGCAGCGAAGAGAUCACAGGUCGCAUCUGGACGGGUGUGGUUCCCGUCUGGGAGACUUUUGGCCAGCCUGUCCCCUCUGGUGAGGGCAAAGUCGGCGAGGUACCCAGUCACAUCACCUCGUACAUAGAGUUGAAGAAUGCGCAGAAUCGAGCACAGGCAGAGGCGGCCGUCAAAGUGACGCUACCCGGAGAAGAGCAGCACUGA